AUGAAGCUUUCUUUGGCCUUGUUGCUCGGCGCCGAUGCCCUCGGAGCGGGAGAUACUUCCCAGUGCGAGAGAGUCCAGGCCGCUUUCCCCGACUGCGCAUGCAUGAACAUCGCCUGGAAGGGAUCCAAAGUGUCCAAAUCCUUGGCCGGUUCUGCCGAGAGCGAGCUCUUCCAGAUCGCCAUCGCCAACAACGCUGAUGGCGUCGCCGAUACCGCUUUCAACAUCCGAGAUCCCACCUCGCCCAACUACGUCAAGGACUACACUUUCUACAUGAUCUUCAAGCGAGAGUUCUGCGGCGUCGACUUCCUCAACAAAGUCGGCGACGGAACCAUCAAGUUCAACUUCAUGGACCACUACGCUGCCUACGACAGCUCCGUCGUCAACACUUACUUCCAGAACCACAAGAACAUCGACACCCUCUACCCAGACAUCGUCGGCUACCCAAGCGUCCACAAGAACCAGGAGGCCGCCGUCGUCCAGGGUUUCACCCUCGAUACCCUCCAGGCCUCCAACUGGCCCAACGGCAAGGCUGUCAACGAUUUGCCAACCGCCAAGGUUAACGGUCAAAUCGUCCCUAACACCAAGAAAGACAUCGUCUACGUCAUGGCCACUGGUCUCGAAGACGUUGUCUGGAAGACCGACAGACUUUCCUGCAUUCUCCGAAGCAUGGUCGGUGUCCGACCAUGGGACAAGGCCGGCAGCGAGCCAAACCACACCGACGAUGCCGAAUGCGUCAGUAUGGCCAAGAUCUUCUGGUAA